GCCCCGCACAGGCCGCCGGGUCCGCGCUUCCGCCUGCUCGGGCCGGGAUCCCCCGGCGGGCCGGGCCGGCGCCGCCAUGUUCAGCCGCCUGGGCGCCUUCCUGCAGCGGGCGGUGGAGACGCAGGAGCCCAUCAUUGACCUGCUGGAGGCAUUCACCGAGCACUGGAAAGGGCUCACUCACUACUACCUAGAGACCACAGAUGAAAACACCCCAGUCAAGGAGACCGAUAUCCCCUGGCGCCUGAAACAGAUGCUGGACAUUCUGGUGUAUGAGGAGAAGCAGCAUCCAGCCGGGGAGACAGGGCCUUGUUUGGAAUACCUGCUGCAGCACAAAAUCUUGGAGACCCUCAGCACUCUGGGAAAAGCAGAGUAUCCUCCAGGCAUGAGGCAGCAGGUGUUCCUCUUCUUCAGCAGAGUCCUGGGACAGGUGCAGCAUCCACUGUUGCACUAUCUGAAUGUGCACAGACCUGUUCAGAAGCUCCUUCAGUUCGGCAGUGAUGCGCUAGGCUCUGCUAGUGAGAAGGAAGAAUUACAGUUUGCUGCUGUUCUGUGUGCAAAGAUCAAGCAGGAUCCUGCUCUGCUCACGUACAUUCUGGAGGGCAAGAAUCUUCUAACUGGGAGCCCACAGGGAGAUGCUGGCAGCAGCCAGGAAGAGAGCUUGGCUACCAACGGGGCCCUGACUGCAUCUCCUGAGCCAGAGAGAGAGAGCUCUGUGGGUGAUGCACCCUGCGCUAGCCUGGCAGGAAAACCAAAGAAUUCUGUCUCCAGCUCCUCCCCUCUGAGAAAGGAAAACAAUCUGAUCACUUCCUUAAUCAACUUGUGCAAGAGCCAGAAGAGCAGGCUUGCACUAAAAGCUCAGGAAAACCUGCUGCUUCUCAUGAGUGUCGCUCAGCAGGCAGCUGCCACGUACCUGGUACAGAACAGCGCCCUGUGCUGUCUGGUGACUGAUCACCUUUGUGACCUGUACAAUGCCGCCCCUACUUCAGCCGACCCUGCAGAUAUCCUCUCCCUAGAGAGAGUCAGCUGGAGGUUGCAGAAUAACUCUGCCGAUGAGGCCUCCUUCCCAGGAAAGGGGAGCCUGGAUGCUUUCUUUAGCUGGUUAGAUUACUGUGAUCACCUCAUGAGAGAGGCCCACCCGGUAGUUGCAGAUGCUGUAACAGAGGCCAUUGGUGAAAAGCUCUUCCAGGGGAUUCUGCAGCCACAGCUCUUGCAGAUGUCUGAACUUGGCAUCCUCACCUCUACUGCAAUGCUGACAGCCAUGGUGAGGCAGAUUAGUGCUCCUGCCCUGCUCCGGGAACUGGUGACAUUCCUGCUGGGCACAGAGAGGCAGCCAGAAGCCAUCACUGACUCUGCACAGCAGCACCUCCUACGCUCUCAGCUGAUAGAGCACUGCAACCACCUGUCUGAUGAGAUCAGCCUCGCUACCCUGAGGCUGUUUGAGGAGCUGCUCCGGAAACCCCAUGAGCACAUUGUGUACAGCCUUGUGCUGAGAAACCUGGAGGAGCGGAGCUACAUCCUGCGCAGCCAGCCAGGGCAGGAGGAGCGGAGCACCCAUGAGCAGGACCAUUGCGAGGACACACUGGAGCUGGAGGAAGAUCCCUAUUUCACCGAUGAAUUUCCAGGUAUAGGCUUCCGGACAUGUAAAAAGCCAAUGCCAUCCUCCCACCGGGGGCCUGCCAGGCCUAACGAGAAGACAGAUGUGAAUGAAAUUGUUCUCAGCUUCCUGGGCCUUGUUCCUGAUGAAGCAAAGACCUCCUCCUACCUGGAGGAGGCAGGAUAUGACACCUAUGUGCACGAUGCCUUAAGGCUGUUUCAGGAAUGCUCCGCUAACAUAUCCUCAUGGCACUGGCCUCAGGCACCAAAACCUCUGGAGCCCUGUGACCCACAAGCAGCAUUUUAUGAGGGCCACUUCCUGAAGGUGCUGUUUGACCGUAUGACACGGAUCCUGGAUCAGCCCUACGGACUGAACCUACAAAUGACAUCAGUGCUGUCCCGCCUGGCCCUCUUCCCGCACCCACACCUCCAUGAAUACCUCCUGGACCCCUACCUGAACCUCGCUCCUGGCUGCAGGACACUCUUCUCUGUACUCAUCAGGGUGAUUGGAGAUCUGAUGCAGAGAAUCCAGCGGGUGUCUCAGUUCUCAGCCAAGCUGCUGCUGGUCCGGAGACAGUUAAUGGGGCUGGUCCCUGAAGAGCAGAUGGAUCACAUGACCCUCUUCCAGGGAGUGGUGGUGCUGGAGGAGUUUUGUAAGGAACUGGCAGCUAUUGCCUUUGUGAAGUUCCCCCCCGAGGGCCCUGCAUGAGCCUAGCCUCCGGCUCUCCUCACCUGCUUCCUGGAGAGAAGAUCCAAGUGCAAUGCCAGCAGGCACUGCUGGAAGGGGGAGAUUAGUGCUCCAUGGCUCGGGGGAAGGUAGCACCACUCCCCAUCCGCCUUAGCAGAGACCUUCCUGUAUCACUGACCUCCAGAGAACAUCUGACCACACUCAAACUAUUAACCAGCCCCUCUCCACAGAGCAGCAGGGAACCAGGACUCUGCAGCAUCACAACAGAGGGCGACUCCUCGAGACAGCCUCAACAUCUCACUCAGGUUUGACGCUUCUCUUUCUGGGGGAAAGGGACUCUGCUUCCUACCUUCCAAAACCAAUGGUUUGCUCAAGUCAUUGGUGGAAAGAACAUGCUCAGUGUUCAACUCUCAAAGCUGGCUGGGAAAGCACGACUAGGUGCAUUGAGAGCCCUCCAUCAUUUCUAUCUUCUGCCUCUUAGGAUCAGAGUGAUCAGCACCCACAAUCCAUGCUGCAAGAUUUUUAUAGCUCCUCUUCCAAGUGCCUAGGGCUAGCACGAGGGAAAGAGAUCAGGGCAGUGUCUAAAGCCCUGUGGAACAGAGAGAUCUACAUAGGGCCCAUUACAGUAGGAGUGCACCGUUCUGGUGUCCUGGCAGUGGGCCCAGAAUAGACUUCUUGGUAACUGUAGGUGAAGGAAGGGUCCAGCACAUUGCAAAAGUGGGUGCUAAAUCACCCCACUACAGAGGCCUACUGGCCUUGUUUCUGGAAGGGUAGAUUCCCAGGUGGAAUCCAUCCAGCCUCCUCCACGUAAUGAACACAGGGACAGACAAGGGAGCCAACCCCAGCUUUCCUAGCAGGGUGGUCAUAAGACUCUUCUUCAGGCCUUUAAUCAAAGUGCAAUGUCUCCAGCUGGUGCUUUGCUGGACCUGGAAGCCUGCAGUCAGACUCCAGCCAUGGCACUUACGACACCUUGCUGGGCGAGUGGCCAGCCUCGCUCCCAGACCUUCCCUCUUCCCCUGCAGUCCAAAAGGGCUGCUGGGUUGUUCUGGGGUAAAAAGCAUGUUCCCAACCCCGCAAGAGAGGGAUAAAGAAGUGACUGGACCUACCUCCCAGACAGGUCCUGAGGCUUACUCCAUUGGUUUUCACAUGUUUGGGGAUCCUGAGCAAAGCAAGGCAGGCAUGAUUAAUGUGGCUGUGUGACAGACGAGUCCCACUGGGCCCUAUGCGCUGCUGUCAGGGGGCUGUUAAACAAGCUUUCAUUUAGUCUGAUGCUCUUGCUCGAUAGCGACAGGGGCCCUGGGGCAAGGAGGAAAAGUUCAUUCUGACUUUGAACUGGCUCCAGUUGAUGCUUUCCAUAUGGUCUGACAAGAGCCACUGUGGGUCUGCCAGGCAGCCAAGACAUGACAGGUUGCUCCUUGUCCUCAGCAAACCUUUGGAGGCAGCGCUGCGUUCCAUCACGCUUACAGCGCCUCGGCUCUGGCUGAUCAGAAAAUGGGACAGCAGCCCUCAGACAGGUGCAGCUCUGCCCUGUCUUCCUGGAGGUGGGAAGGCGCUUUGCUUUAGUUCAGCAGGACUGAGAGUGAAGCAAAGCCUUGCAAAGCAACCUGCCCCAUUGUGAAAGGAAACUCAGAGCUACCUCUAGAGAGCAGGAGGCUUCCCUCACAGAUCCUGGAGAACAGCCCCUUGAGAAGCCAGGAGCCCAGCAUCAGCUGAGUUCUCACAUUUCCCCCAUGUUUCCCUAUAAUGGGCCAGAUUCUUACCUGAUGUCAGGCUUCAUAGACCUACACCAGCUGAGGAUCUCGCCCACUGCUUUCCUGGGUAGCAAGGAUGAAUUUGUAAAGUGCUAUGGGAAUGAAGUUAGCAAUAGUCUUUUUAUACCAGCAAUACUAUGCCAUUUAACAGGGCUGUGUCUCUAUUGAUAGAUAUUCACACACCCUGCAGAAUCCCAGCAUCUCCCUUUGUGCACUUUGGAAUGUAACAAACACUUCAUCACAAUGCAGCAAAAGGUCUCUGGUAACUAGAGCUGUCAGCCAACCAGAGUAGGUACAAAUUACUGUAUUUGGGCAGUGCCUAGUACAAUGGGGCCCCACUCUUGGUUGAUCCCUAGGCACUACCAUAAUACAUCUGAUUAAUAACAUGCUGUCGGAGCAGCUUGUAAGCCUGGCAAAUAUCACCCCAACUGGGUUCUUGACAUUGGUAUUAAGUGCAGGGUGGCUGCUUAGGGGCACUAUUUAAUGUUAUUGAGGAAGACAGUUCCUUGCCUGAUAGAGCUUAACAGAAAAAGCUGUUUGUCCUAGAAAAUGAGGAGAUCAUUGGCCUUCAAAGACAUUAAGUGAUGCAGUAUAGCCAAAUAUGCUAUAAGAAUUAUCUACAGAGGGGCUUUUUGUCUUGUAUUGCCUCUUAUCAACCAUGCACAAAGGUGUGUAGAGCUGGCUGCUUGGUAAACCUGGGUUUUGGUGUUAUAUUUAUGGCAGCUGCAUGUGGUAAGUGGGUACAAUGAACUGGCAAAUGUUACAGUACCACCUUUUCAGAACUAUGCACUUUUAAACGUAUGGUGUGUAACACAACCAACCUUAAAAUGUGUGCCGUUUGUCUGUACAUAUGUACAAGUAACUUAACUCUUCCUGUGGCAAUAAAGUGAUGUCUUGAUAAACUUGAA